UGGAGGAGAAAACACAGCAAGGAACAGCCAUCACAAAUAAGGAGGACAAAUCGGGGGGGAUAUUGGAUCGUGUCGGAGUUGGAGGUGGUGGGGGACCCAGCCGUAAAGACAACCGCAGUGAGUUUGGAGCUGUUUCGGGUUGAUUUGAUGCAGCGACUGAAAAGGAGCCGGAUGACGACGGAAGCAGAGAGAAUAUCACACAUGUAGCUCGUUUGGGUGUAAAUAUUAUUUUCCUUCCUCCUGUCCUGCUGGGCCCCCCCACUUCUCCCCGACGAAGACAGCCGUCGGGGGAGAGACAGAGAAGCAGAUAGAGAGCAUAAGUGUCCACCUAUGGAAGUGUUAAUCAUGAAAGGAGACGUGGAAGCGAGCCGCGCCACAGCACGGGCGAGGUUUUCGGACACGCCGAGUUCGGCUCCUUGUCACGGGCAGCAGUGAGACGCAAGACCCGGGCUUUUUUUGGAGAUGCAAAUUAGGCUGUUUAUUCUGCCUCCGUUUGAGGUGAAAAGCCGAUUUUUGGUGUCUUAGCGGACGUUGUGGAUUACAGUUCGUACACAGUUGACUAAGGGGGGAAAAGGAGUGGGGGAAAACAAAACAAAAACUAUACUGCAUGUGAAGGAGGAAAAAAAAAAAAAGCCCGAGCAGGAUUCAGCAAACUGAGAAGGCGGCCUCGGUGUCGUCAGCAACAGUAUCCUGCCCUUUCUCUGACAGCAAAAUACGCGUUAUGGACACAUAAUUUGUACAGUGCUGCACCGCGGACGGUUUUUUGGAGCAGGCCGGGUUCGUUAAAGGGUGUGAAUGUGGGUGACAUUGCUGCUAAAUCCGCAUGUCAAACGAGGGAUCUAGACUAGUUUAGUUUAUUUAUUUAUUUUUCUUUCUACAUAACCCCCCCCCUCCUCCUCCCUCCCCUUCGUCCUCCUCCUCUUCCUCCUCUCCACCUCCACUUCUUCUUCCACCACCACCUCCUCCUCCUCCUCCUCCUUCCCCUGGACCCCCUUUUUUCUUUUUUCUUGCGGGAAGAUGGGUUGUUUGGGCAACAGUAAGACUGAAGACCAGAGAAAUGAGGAGAAGGCACAAAGAGAAGCAAACAAAAAGAUAGAGAAGCAGCUCCAAAAAGACAAACAGAUAUACAGAGCAACACACAGACUACUACUUUUAGGAGCUGGAGAGUCAGGAAAGAGCACCAUAGUGAAACAGAUGAGGAUCCUACAUGUCAACGGCUUCAAUGCAGAAGAGAAGAAGCAGAAAAUUCAGGACAUCAAGAAUAAUAUAAAAGAGGCUAUUGAAACCAUAAUAACAGCUAUGAGCACCCUGACACCGCCGGUACAGUUGGCGUGCCCAGAGAACCGGUACCGGAUCGAAUACAUCCUCAACCUCGUCAACCAGAAGGACUUUGAGUUCCCAUCUGAGUUUUACGAGCAUGCAAAGACACUGUGGCAGGACGAGGGGGUCAGGGCGUGCUACGAGAGAUCCAACGAGUACCAGCUAAUCGACUGUGCACAAUACUUUCUAGACAAGAUCGACAUUGUUAAGCAGAGUGACUACACUCCAACAGAUCAGGAUUUGCUGCGGUGCAGAGUACUGACUUCAGGAAUCUUCGAGACAAGAUUCCAAGUGGACAAAGUUAAUUUCCAUAUGUUCGAUGUUGGUGGUCAAAGAGACGAACGCCGGAAAUGGAUUCAGUGCUUUAACGAUGUAACGGCCAUCAUCUUCGUGGUGGCCAGUAGCAGUUACAACAUGGUGAUCAGAGAGGACAAUCAGACCAACCGUUUACAGGAGGCCCUCAACCUCUUCAAGAACAUCUGGAACAACAGGUGGCUGCGGACCAUUUCUGUCAUCUUGUUCCUAAAUAAACAGGACCUGCUAGCAGAAAAGGUGCUGGCUGGGAAGUCCAAAAUCGAGGAAUAUUUUCCUGAAUUUGCUCGCUACACCACACCUGACGAUGCGACACCAGAGCCUGGAGAAGAUCCUCGUGUUACAAGGGCAAAGUACUUCAUAAGAGAUGAAUUCCUGAGGAUCAGCACAGCAAGCGGGGACGGGAGGCACUACUGUUACCCCCACUUCACCUGCGCUGUCGACACGGAAAACAUCCGCCGUGUCUUCAACGACUGUCGAGACAUCAUCCAGCGGAUGCACCUGCGGCAGUACGAGCUGUUGUGAUGGGAGAGGAAAGGUGUUCGGCCAAAAACACAAAAACACAUCGGACUAUGAAAAACCCUGAACCCUGAGUCUCUGAACUCCCCUCUUCCACAGAAGUGUGUGAGCUCUUGUGAAGGAAUGGGGGCCAAAACACACACACACACACACACACACACACACACACACACACACACACACACACACACACACACACACACACACACACACACACACUUAUACACUUACACACACACUUAUACACUUAGAGACACACACACUUACACUUGUACACUUACACACAGUAAACACACCCUGAACCCAGAACUUCCCCUGAUGCAAACUCCCUACCUGCAGUAGACAGAGCUAUUUUGAUGGAAGGGCUUGAGGGGCUAACACAUUAACGGAUUUUGAUCUCCACUUUCAGCCAUACUCCCAGUUCCUCAACUCUCAUCAUAUAUUGUCCCCAUACACGUUACCUUCACUGUUCUCCUGAGUUGCCCAGGCUGGACUGUAUUCCCUGCAGUGUGGAGGGGGUGUUGAGGUCAGGAUGAAAACUGAGAGCGCUACUACUUCAGUGCAACUGGGAAAGAAAGAACUGCUGAAUUACUGCAAAUAGAGAAUAAACAUGUCACAACAGAUCAGCUGAACACUGUAUUUAACAAAAAAAACACAAGCACUGUGCUCAGGACUUGACUCAAACCGUGUACACCAAUCCUUCCUGUCACUUACACACAUCCAUAAAUCCAACCACGGGAUCUGCUUGCACACUGAAACGUAUCACACCUGCUUUUUACUGGACUGCACAACCGGGGUGGAUCCGGAAAAGUACUGAUCCACAGAUGAGUGGCCGGCUCGUUGAGCUGUCAGCACAGAGCUUUGAGAUUAAACAGACUAAGUGACUGGCUGCGCAGCCGAGCCCCAAGGAGCAGCGUUACCACAGACUAAACGGACCAGGGCGGGCGGGUUGUGACCGGUCAGUCCGCAGGGGGUGGGCGGGGGGUUCACAAAAAGCAGGACCGAGCCGAUGUGAAUUUCUCUGAUGAGUCUAGACACAUUUGACAGGGACGACGACAACAGUCCUUCAGCUUCUCCACAGAACUGUUUUGCCACCUGACUUUGCCUUGUUGGUAGUGGAGCAAAAUGUGAGGAGGAUAUAUUGAGUUUAAAACAAAAAAGAAACAAAAAAAAAAGCCAACUUUUAUGGAACUUAACUAUCGGAGGGCAGAAAGCAUCCUUCUACAGUACAGUACCAUAUAAGUUAAAGAGAACUCUCAUCUUGUCAUGAUUGACCCUGUUUUACUGUCUCCACAGCUGUUUUUGUCUGUGUAGACUUUUGUGCCAUUGUGCCCUGUGCGCUCUCUUUCUUUAUCUUUAACCUUUCUGUCUCUGUCAUUCUCUCCUUUUUUCACCCCUCUUCUUUCUCCUCUAACCAUUUCACUCACUCUCCACCUUCACAUUUUCUCCUCUCCUUGCUCAUUUGCGCCUUCACUCCCCACCAUCUCCUUUCCAUCUGCACUCCUACCUUCCUGGCAGUGCUUUUUAGUUUUAAGAGAAAAUAAAAUAUAAUAAUCCUGGAAUAUAAAAGAAAAGAAGAUUACAACAACAAAUGGGACACUAAUUAUUAUUAUUUUUUACUCAUGUGGUCAAACUGCCUGCUCGCACCUCCCUGCCAUUCCUCCAUCUUUCCUCUUCUCCCCUCCUUCCUCCCCCGACCUCUUGCUCCUUUGUAUGUCUGUCUUUACUUUACUGCUGAACUAUUAUUCUUGUACAGACUGUAAAAUGUAUUAUUUUGUACAACUUUAUUGAAAAAAUAACUUUUAGAAGAUCCCUGUGCCUUGAUCACGACUGUACGUGUGUAAUGAGCUAAAGUGGGUGUCAUACUGCGCUGUAUAGCUUGGCCAAUCCUCUCCUAACUCCCCGCUUCCCUCGCCACUUCCUCCUCCUCUCUCUCUUUCUUUAUCCCGCUGUCUCCUCUGUCCUCUCACUCUCUCCUCGGGGACGGAGGACAACCAUUCGUAGCUUUUGUAGUUUUAUUUCUCUCCCCUAUCCUCCCAUUCUCUCUUUAUGAUUUAAAUGUCUAUUUUUGAAUCCAUAUACCCCAAAAAGAUAAAUAUAUGAAAUGUAUAUGGGUUUUAAAAAAAGUAUUUUAUUAGAAUCAAAUGAACCUUGACAAAUUGUACACUUGAUAGUGUGCGUAUUGCUAUAACUUAAAUCCUUUCAACUGAA